AUGCACGACGAGAAAUACUCGAGGCAGAUAAAGCUCUUUGGAAGCCAGGCCCAGAAAAAAAUAGAGAGCUCGCAUAUACACGUGCUAGACCAAGAAAGCAAGAUACAGCGCCACAUAUGCCGGCUUUUGUCUCAGCUGGGGGCCAAUGUGUGCUUGGAGGCGGCGUGCACGGACAUGCCAACGUGGGCCUUUAUAUGCGGCGCGCCAGAGCGCGGCGCCCUAGAGAGAGCGCCUGCAGGUUGCACGAUGUACAUAAGCACCGAAACCCUGUCUAUUUCUAGAAAGCAGCUGGCGCAGGCUCCUGGAGAAGCGCGCGCAAAAACAAGCCGGGAAGAGUACAUAAACAUACUGGCAGGCGUGGCGGUGCAGGAGUACAUUAAGUCUCUCACAGAGAUGAAGGCCCUUGACGAGUGGACUUUGGACACGUCUAUGUUUGAGUAG